GGCGGGCCGGCAUGGCGGCGGCGGCGGCCUGGCUGUGCCGCGCCGCGGGCCUGGGCCUGGGCCUGCUGACGGCCGCGGGCGGGCGGCGGCUGCUCCGGAGCGGGACGGGAGCGGGGCCGCGCCAGCGGGGCGCGGGCACCCUCCUCGACGGUGCCGCUGUGUGCAGGGCCGGUGGCGCGCCGGAGCGCUGCCUGUCUCGGGGGACCAGCUCGAAUCAGCGCCCGAAGCGCCCCCUCACCGCCUAUUUUCGCUUUGUGAUGGACAACCGCCCGGCCUUUCGGGAAAAAAACCCAGAAGUGAGCAACACAGAACUGAUUAAAAAACUAGCAGGUGCAUGGAGGGAGUUACCAGCAUCACAGAAGCAGGUUUAUGAGGAGGCACUAAAGACAGACUGGAAGAGAUACGGAGAGCAGAUGGCCGCUUACAAAGCCCAACUGACUCCAGCCCAGGCUGCAGCUUUGAAAGAGGAAAGGAGAAAACAACUGGCAAGGAGAAGAUCAAUCAGGGCAAAAAGAGAAUUGAAUCUGCUUGGAAAACCUAAAAGAGCUCGUAGUGGCUUUAACAUCUUCCUGUCAGAAAAUUUUCAAGAAAGUGAAGGAAGUUCACCUGUGGCAAAGCUGAAGAAACUAUUUGAUACGUGGAAAAAAAUGUCUGCUUCCCAAAAACAGCCAUACUUGCAGCUUGCUGAAGAUGAUAAGGUUCGGUAUGAGAACGAAAUGAAAUCAUGGGAGGCGAAAAUGAUUGAACUGGGACGUGAAGACCUGGUGCGUUCCAAAAAGCAAAGGUUAAAAAAGAAACCUGCUGAAACUGCCAAGCAAACUGAAACAGCCAAAGCUUCUUCAGGAAGAGGAAAAAAGGCAAAAUUAAAAAAAUCCGAAGAAUAAAAAAAUCCCCUGUGAUUGUCUUAUUUCUAUCCUGCUGUGUUAAUGCUGCAGUCAGCAUUAGCAGUGAAAUUUGGAAAACCCAAGAAGGGCCCUUUGGAAAGGUGAUCAGGUAAGAGAGGAGUUACUGUCUCUCAGAACUGACUGACAUAAUCAUUGCAGGUGUAGCCUGAGCUGUAGAGUAGCAAUUGAUUAAUCAAGCUGUGAAUACUGAUACCCACUGACAUCAGCAGUGCUCUCCAGUAACGGUUGAUAAUGUCCAGCUUUUAUAAGGUAUUUUUUAAUGAAAAAAAACCUCUUUCUUCAUGAAAGAAAGAAUAUUCUGUAAUGUUACCAUCUAAAUUCUGUAAAUAAGAGCUGAAAUCUGAGUUAACACUGCUGUGUUUUAUUCCCUCCAUGUUAUUGCUAGUGAGAUGUUCUACAUUUCAACAGGCACAAGAAACAUAAAAUGCUAACUUUUAUUUUAUGCAUCUGUUUUUUUGUACCUGUUAAUCUGUGUAUGCCACUUCUGUUGCAUUUAAAGACCAUGUGAGUUUUGUAUGAACAUACCUUUAUUGGACUUUGAUUUUGUGGUUUUGUUUGGAUACAUACAAACAUUUUUGUCUCGCUGUUGUCACAUUUGGGAUGACCUAGAAGGAAAAGAAAUACGUGAGCUGCUUGGAGUUUGAGUUUUGGUGUAAUAAAUACAGGUAUUUUGAAGAA